AUGGUCCACCGAGUGACUCAAUCUCUCAUAAACCUGAUCGGUGCCAAUAGUUGGGAGCAUCGUUUCAAAACUGCCAUCAAGACCGCCAAAGAGUCCGGCGCUAAGGAGCUCGCCGAUAUCAAUACCCUCACAGAUCUUUAUAACUACCUUGACGCUUUCCUCCACUGGCUACCCAGCGAGGAUAAAACUGGACUGAAAGUCUACCAAGAGCUAUGUGCCUACCACUACGUCCUCGGCCAGCCGUCCGUCAUCGGUUUGCAAUCCACAAUCUACCCUGGAAACGAAAACCGUGAAGAACUUUCCGAAUUAUCACAAUGGAUGGUCAUGUUCUCGAAUUCUAUCGGUACCUGGCUCGACGAGCCCGGGAAAUCGUUGACGGAGGCACAAUACAAAACUUUCUUGGAGACGCCGGAUACCUAUCCAGAUGGACGUCCUGGAUAUCGUGUAUCUCAGUAUAGACUCCCCGGAUCUGGGGUCUGGUGGAACUACUCUUUCAAUGACUUCUUUACCCGUGAAUUCAAGGACAUUGCAACUCAACGUCCGGUUGGCAACCCCGAUGACCCUCUUACCAUCUGUAACGGUGCAGACAGCAGUUUCGACGGUGCAUGGCCAAUAGAAGACGAUGCAACCGUAACAUUCAACUACAAGAACGCUCACCAAGUCGAAAUCAAAUCUCUACCAUACAAUAUCUCCCAACUCCUUGAUGGAAGCGAAUACUCUAAGAAGUUCGCCGGAGGAACUUUCAUGCACGCCUUCCUAGGACCUGCGGACUACCAUCGUCAACAUUCUCCAGUUGACGGUGAAAUCCUCGAAGCUAAGGUUGUACCUGGCAACGUUUACUUGGAAGUAUACGUCAAACAAGAGGCCGGAAAGGCACCAACCCUCGCCCCAAGACGUCCACUCAACCCUAUUCAUCACACCCGAGUGAUACCACGCCACAGCACCAGCUAUAUUGGCAAGAAACUCCAGAUCCCCCUUUCCGGUGCUAGUCCCGACGAUAAGGAGGUCAAAGACCUUGAUGCACCGGAUUUCCCUGGUUACCAAUUCUCACAGGCCCGUGGUAUGAUGGUCAUCAAAACAGAGGCUAUUGGCCUUGUGGCAUUCUUACCUAUCGGUAUGAGCCACGUCAGCAGCGUGGUUAUCAAGGACAACAUAAAGCCUGGGUAUAAAGUGAAGAAAGGAGAGGAGUUGAGCAAGUUUAUGUUCGGAGGAAGUGAUUAUAUUAUGUGCUUCCAGCGAGGUGUCAAGUUGGACUUUGAUAAGUAUAAGAUCCAGCAGAAUAAGUGGUACGCAGUGAGGAGUCCUUACAUUCAGGCAGAGUUGACGGAUGAGUUUCAGACUGUUGGGGAAUAUGGGUAUUAG